AUGGGGCUACCCCACAAAACUCCUCGUGUGGAGAAACGGAGAAUUCAACCCCCUGACCACAUCGGCGGACGGAUUGAAGGCAAUACGAACAUGGGGCCUACAACUCUCCCAAGCAGGACGUCAAUCACCCUUAUCCUCACCUACCAAACUGACCCAGGACUGGAAAAAAGCUUUAAGACUGAGACUGAGCGCUGCCUUCUCUCCAACCCCGAUGCAUACUAA